GGAACAACACAAGGCAAGAAAAUAAAGAAGUUAGAAGCUCAACUGCGGGUUGCAGCUUUAUGGGCUGAACAAGCCCAUAAAAGGACAGGUGGAGCAGAAGAAGGUAUGAUAGCAGCGGCUGUUUCAGUGAAAGCAGACGAGGAGACAGGGCGUUCAGGGUCAGUUGACGCUGUACGCCGCGAGAAAGAGAGAGCGAUAGUGGAAGAACACAAAGCGCAGGAACAAAGAAUAAAAAGGAAGCAAGAGAAAGAGAGAAAAGACAGGGUAAAGGGAGAUUUCACCGGGUCCUGGCCCAAUGGAAACCCCCUGGAACCAGGUCAGCAGGACCUCAUCAAUGCACUCGCUCCCGUAAAUAUCUCAAUCGAGAGGGUUUUUGCACUGAGACGAGACUUUACUAAAGUCUCAGGGUGUAGACAGGGAGAAAAAGAGUCAGUACAAGAUUUCAGAAUCAGAAUGGAAGAUUGUUUCCGUAUCCAUAGCGGAAUUCCACCCAACAAUGCUGUUGACUCCCCAUAUGUGCAGCAGCUGAAACAAAGCCUGAUGAAUGGGUUCCACCCAGGUAUUGCUGACUUUAUCCGCAAGCAUAAUGUUAACCAUAGGACAUGCGACUUACAAGAGUGCCUAAAUUAUGCAGAACAUGCAGCAACCCAGAUUAAAGAAAAAAGACAUAAGAAAGCGUCAGCAUCAGCUUUCUUCAUAGGAGAAGAUGGGGAAGAAAAUCAGAUUUUCUUUGUGGGACCAGGACAGGGGAGAGGCAGGUUUAACAGAGGACGAGGGAAUGAUAGAGGAACAGGCAGAGGCAGAGGAGGAGGCAGAAACGCAGAAGGCAAAUUCCUCUGCUACAGGUGCGGAAAGGAGGGGCACAUGGCGAGAGACUGUGAGGAACAGAGACCACAGAACAAAGAAGGGGGACAAAAGGGACAGUACAAAGACGAGAGACAUGGCCUCCCCCCUUCACAUAACCUACAUAGUUAUGACAACUGACUAGACGUAGAAAAGGAAGAAGAGGACGUCCACACACAUCACAUUGACCUUUCUGAAGUAUUACUGAAUCUGUCAGACAACAGUAUUAAACCUACCAGGACAAUCGAAAUCAAUGGGGAAAAAUUAGAAUUAUUAUGUGACAGCGGUGCAGACUCAUCAGUAGUGAACAAAGAGGUCCAAAGAAUGUGGCCACCAACUGGCACUAUGUUUGUAAAAUCAGCAAAUGGACACAUAAAUCAGAGGUCGAUUUCAAAGCCACUUUUUAUGGAAGAUAGAAGGUCAGGCCU